AUGGCGUCGCUAGAGAUCAUGGCAGGGCCGCCGGUCUCUUCUGCAUCGUCAGCAGGGGUCAAGAAGUUGGUGUGUCGCGUGUGUCAAAAGGCAUUCACCAAGGCUGAACAUCUCCGAACUCCGUCGGCUGACCGGAAGUAUGCCCUAGAUACCGGCUCCAAGCCUUACGUCUGUAAAGAAUGUCGCCGGCCCUUUGCCCGCCAAGAUGCACUCACCCGUCAUGAGAAAUUGCAUCUGCGGGACAUGAAUGCAAAGCAAGGCCCUUCACCACAGUCGGUGCCACCCCCUUCGGCUUCAUUGGAUUCGAUGACCUCGUGGGAUGCCAGCAGUGCCUCUCCUACCACGGGUCCGGCCUCGACCUCGGCCACCAGCCGAUCGUGGGAUGAGCAGCAGGUAGCUCAGCAUCAGGACAUGCACAAUGUUGCUGCUGAUCUAGAUUUCGCCCUCAUCUGGCCGGAUUCUGAGAAUUUGUUCCAGACUUUGAUGUCCUCGGAUAGCACAGACCAAUGGCAGAUGCCCUUGGGGACGUUGCCCUUUCCGCCUGUAGUGCAAGAUGUGAAUGGCAUGAAUUUCGGGUCACCCAAGUCAUUCGAUGAUCGGAGUUCAUCCGUGGGUACCAUCCCUUCCGGUGGAGGACAUCAGGCUGUGCGAGAUGUGACAGAGAUGAUAACCAGCUCGUCCUCGAGUGUCACCGCUGCUGUCAAGGCCACGUCAAUUACAUCAGUCUUCCUGGACGAAUGUCUGCACAUGUUCUUCGUCAGGUUCAUACCGACAUUCCCCAUCUUGCAUCGCGCUACUUUUGUCUUCCGCGAGUGCACUCAUGCACUCCUCCUCAAUGCCAUUGCCAUCGGCUCCCUAUACCUAGGUCCCUCCGACUCCGUUGCCAAGGGCGAGGCAUUAUGGCGUUUGGCCCACACAGCUGUUGCGACGUCAUGGCAGUCCUUGAUCACUCACAACGGACCUUAUGAUGCCUGCAAGGGAGUCCAGUUGAUGAUCACUGCAUUGCUGGGCCAGAUAUACGGGGCCCUUUCGAAGAAUCGAGCUGUUCGCACCACUAGCCAAGUCUUCCGACCGCUGGGCUUCUUCUGGGCUCGGCAUUGUGGCAUGUACGACAGCGAACCAUACUCGAUGGAGAACCUGCCUUCCGCCGAGGCUCCCCAGGCUGAAAAAGAACACCAAUGGCGUAUAUGGGCUGCGCGAGAGAUUCAGCAGCGUGCUCUUCUCGCAUAUUACGUCCUUGAUGGGCUGGUGGCACAGAUGUCUGGUGAUGGAGCGUCUGCCCGCCACGUCUCCAAUCCGUUGAGUCUUCCUAGUAGUGAAGGUGCCUUUGACGCGAAUACCGCCGACGAGUGGCUGGCACACAUGCACUCGCAACAGCCUGAUCAAUCAUCCUUCCGUGUCGUCUUCCGGUCCUUGUUUCCACCGGUCGGUAACUUCCGAGCACUAGACUACCAAUUCUCCGCGUUUGCGCUUCGUGUAGUCCUGGAAGGCCUCCAGUCCCUUAUUUCCGACUGCGAUGAACACGAUCUCGCAGUUGGUGUCCCGGGCCGCUCUGACGUCCGCCGGGCUCUGGCCCAAGUGCACGAGACCAUAUCGAUGAGCAUUCAUUUCUCCUCCUCGGAACGGUUAGAGAUUCUCCUCCGCUGGCACACCGUGUGCCUAGACACAAUGAUCAACUCCACUGUUCUCUCUCGACAUGUUUGCUCUCGCUAUAAUAUUCCACAGCACGUGUCGGGGGGUUGUCGAACUGUCCGGCCCGACUUUGACCUACUCAAAUGGGUCAAUACGGAAGAUGCCCGCCGUGCCGUCCUCCAUGCGGUCGCUAUCCAAGACAUAGUCGAGCAACUACCACGUGGACGUGCCCAUGUCGUUCACAUGCCCAGCUCUCUAUUUGCUGCGGCCACCGUCUACGUUGUCUUCUCACUGGCCGGUGUUGCCACAGUCAAUCUCCCCCGCACGAUAGUCUGGCAAGAUGCGCUCCUCUCCCACUCGGAUCUUAAUCUCGGUCACGACGACAUUCGACCCCCAUCUGGCUCUGAGACACGACGCUUUGUGGAAACUGAGCAGGGGAUCUCCCAGGCUCCGAUCGGCGGCACCGUUCGGAAUCUUCUGUAUGAAUUGAACUCCAUGCAGAAGCUUUUCCGUUGCCUGUCAUCCCAAUGGGGCAUUGCGCAUGAUAUGGAGAAUAUUAUUGCUCAGUGGAUCCAAUUGUGCCAUUAG